UGUUAUCAUGCGUUGUUGUCGCACAGUGGUUCAACUAAAGCAGUGCGAAGUGAUCCAUCUAGUGUAAAAGUGCUCCGAGGAUCCCUGAGUGAUCCACUCUCCAGCGUGCUUGAUAGUUAACGGGUAUCGAAAGAUAUCGGAAGUGAACUAGAGCACCUGAGAUGAUGUGCUGCCACUAGGGUACCACAGAUCACUGUUCUUCUCUUCGUGCCAGCAAGUGAAACGCGCAACAUGAAGCUUCGUCUGGGGCGCACGCUGCUGCUGGCAGUGUUCUUUAUCAUUGUGAUAUUCGCCGACCACAUACGAUGUGAGGAGGAACCACCAUCGGCCACGGCGGCUAAGCCCGCUAAAAAGAAGACCAAAAAGAGCAAAAGCAAGAAGCUGGCGACGAAGAAUCUCAAGAAAGCACGACCAGAUCGCCCACAGGCUGAUCGACCGCAAGCACAGGCCCCGGAAUAUGAUGCCGCCUACGACUACAAUGAGUCCUAUGACUAUGGUGAGGGUGAUACGGACUACGAAGGCGAGAAUGGCUCGAAUCGUCGUCCGGAGGCGGGCUUUCGGCAACCGGUUGAUGAGAUUCCGCGGGAACCGGUGGCGAGCACUAGCACCACACCACGUGCUCCGGAACCGGAAGCAAUCCUUCAACCGUCCACUUGCUAUUACGAAGGCGCGUGGUACCGAGAGAACGAAGUCUUCCAGUCUGGAUACCAAGGUUGUGCCACUUGUCGGUGCCGCAAUUCCGUUGUCACGUGUGACGAGGCCGAUUGUCCUCGUGUGACACCGCAACCGAGAACGACGACGACCACCACCACCACCACGACCACCACGGAGAAGCCCGAGUUUGAUGCAUCAGCCGUUGGCAAUCGAUAUCCAGCGGCACCCGUUGGUGAACCAGGACCAGUUGGAGAAGUAGGCCAGCCUGGAGUGCCAGGAAUGCCAGGAGCUCCCGGUUUACCGGGGCCACCAGGACCAGCACCGGAUCUAACAUUCUACACGCAACAACUGCAAGAGUCCAUGGGUGGGCCUGACAAAGGACCUGGUCCCGAGAACUUCCAGUUUAUGCAAGCGCAGGUUGGACCAGUCGGUCCCAGAGGUCCCCCCGGACCGGUCGGUGCUACCGGCCCUCAAGGAUUUCAAGGACCGCGUGGAGAACCAGGAGAACCUGGCGUGCCUGGCGUUGGCGGGCCACCCGGACCUCGUGGUUUGCCUGGACCACCAGGGAAAGAUGGCGCAGCUGGAGAUGAUGGUGAGACUGGGUUGCCUGGUCCCGCUGGUUUACCGGGGCCAAGAGGCCUGCCUGGUAUGCCUGGCGUUCCCGGACUUAAAGGACAUCAAGGACUACCAGGACCGGAGGGUAUGAAAGGAGAAACUGGUGCGGUUGGGGAGAAAGGAUCCGUUGGAGCUACUGGCCCCGCUGGAGUUGCUGGUGCGGCUGGACCUCCUGGACCUCGGGGCGAGCGAGGAAGGGAAGGUGCACCCGGACCACCUGGCCUGCGAGGCAUUGAUGGAAUUGCUGGACAAAUAGGGCCACCGGGUCCGGUUGGCAAAACUGGGAGUCCUGGAUUUCCUGGAACUCCAGGAGCGAAGGGAGAUAUGGGUGCUGUUGGACCAAAAGGUAGUCAAGGCCCGCAAGGACAGCGUGGCGAAUCUGGUCGACCAGGCUUAUCGGGUGAAGCAGGUCAACCCGGCCAAGCGGGCAAGGAUGGCAUUCCCGGCGAAAAAGGGAGUCCAGGAUCGCUUGGGCUGGCUGGCCCAGCUGGUUAUCCAGGAGCGCGAGGAUCUCCUGGAGAGAAUGGCAGUCCAGGAGCCCAGGGAGCUAAGGGCGAACAAGGAUUAACUGGGGAGAGAGGUUAUAAGGGAGAAGCAGGCAUCAAAGGGGAAGCUGGUAUCCCCGGACCUCGCGGACUGCCUGGAGCGGUUGGGCCUGAAGGCAAACGAGGCAAACGAGGAAUGCGUGGUCCAGCUGGACUCUCUGGGCCUCAGGGAGAAAGGGGUAUACCUGGCCAACCUGGGUUGCCUGGUCCUGAUGGCGCACAAGGUGUCAAAGGACAAUCUGGGGAUCGCGGAGCAACUGGUCCACAGGGUCCAAAGGGAUCAACAGGAGAUGUUGGACAACCUGGACCAGCCGGUAUCCAAGGCUUACGAGGGCAACCAGGGAGGCCGGGUGCACAAGGAAAAAGCGGAUCGCCUGGAGAACGAGGGCUGCCAGGAUCAGAUGGUAAAGUUGGUGAGCCAGGACCUCAAGGCCUCGUUGGUUUGCCUGGCCCUAUUGGAUUACCAGGUGAUAAAGGAUUCACCGGCGAACCUGGCAAAGAUGGUGAUCCAGGACCACCAGGAGCAGUCGGACCACGUGGCGAUGCUGGAAAAGAUGGACCGCCAGGUAUUAUGGGACCGCCUGGGCCAGCUGGUAUUGAUGGGGAACGUGGCCCCCCUGGCGUCUCAGGACCUCGAGGCUUCCAAGGAUUACCAGGCCCAGCGGGAGCGGCCGGAGCUGCAGGCAAAGAUGGUCAAAAUGGGCCACCGGGGCAACCAGGUCAGCCAGGCCAGCCAGGAAUUCGUGGCGAAAGAGGAUUCCCAGGAGAACGCGGACCGGUGGGCACUCCAGGCACUGCUGGGCAAAGAGGGGAACCAGGAUCUCAAGGAAAUGAUGGACCACCGGGACCGGCUGGAGCUACUGGAAUGAAAGGACACCAAGGGGCUCCCGGAAUGGUCGGAAUGCCAGGGUUAAGAGGACCAGCUGGUCCUGCUGGCGAGAAAGGCGAACGAGGCAGCUCAGGGCCACCCGGUCCGGAAGGUCCUCCUGGGAGAAUCGGAGAACGCGGUCUACAGGGACCCAUGGGUCCAGCAGGCCAGCCAGGAGAGCCAGCGGAAAAAGGCGAACCAGGAAAUCCAGGAUCAGCGGGAGAACCAGGAGCUCCAGGAGCUGUUGGUGAUCGCGGUCCAGUCGGUCAGCAGGGUCUGCAAGGAUUUCCAGGACCUCCAGGAUCUGUUGGAGCCCCCGGAUUGAAGGGUGAUCGAGGAAGCCCAGGCUUGAAGGGUGAGCAAGGAAAUUCUGGACUGCCAGGAAUUCCGGGAGAAGCAGGCCCACAAGGAUUGGUCGGACUUACGGGACCCAAGGGCGCGCGAGGAGAGCAAGGUAUGCGUGGAGAAUCUGGACCAAUGGGUAUCCAAGGACGACCAGGAGAUCAAGGACCUAUUGGUCAAACUGGAAACCCUGGAGCGGCAGGCACACCGGGGACACCAGGCAUGAAAGGAAAUCCGGGCGAGACGGGUCGUCCAGGAAAUCCUGGCGCGCAAGGUCCACCAGGACCUCAAGGGAUCGAGGGGGUGAAGGGAGAAGCUGGCAGUGACGGACCUCCAGGACCUCCAGGAAAUCAAGGACCUCACGGCGUGCCUGGUGACCGAGGAUUACCGGGCUUGCCUGGUCCUCAAGGACCUCAAGGAUUACGCGGCAUGCGAGGAGCGGCAGGCGAAGCUGGCCAUCCAGGAAAAGCCGGAAAUGACGGGCCUCCAGGACCUCCCGGUCAAUUGGGACCAGCUGGACCACCUGGACCAACGGGUGAUACUGGACCUGAAGGAAUGCCAGGCAAACAGGGACCAGCAGGAAUAGCAGGACGAGCAGGAGACAAGGGUCCGGUUGGAGCUACUGGACCUCAAGGAUCACCUGGUGCUCCAGGACUUCCUGGACCGCCUGGCCAGCCUGGGCCGAUAGGCCAGUCGGGGGAACGCGGAUUGCGUGGCGAAACUGGACCACAUGGAAUAGACGGACCGCCUGGGCCUCGGGGAAAGCCUGGCCCACCAGGAAAUGAGGGUCCGAAGGGAGAAAACGGGGAAGCGGGAUUGAAAGGAGCGAAAGGACAUCGAGGAUUAAUCGGUCUGCAAGGUUUACCAGGUCCGGCUGGUCCCCCUGGAGAUAAGGGGAACGUUGGUAACGCAGGACCAGCUGGCAAACCAGGAGAGUCUGGCCCAAGGGGACCACCUGGCCGUGAUGGAUCGCCAGGACCACAGGGUAUGCUUGGAGGUGCUGGACCACGUGGCUCUCCUGGAAACGACGGUAAGCCUGGCCAACCAGGACCUCAAGGACCACCCGGACCACCAGGACCACCCGGUGAAGGCAUUGGAUACGAUGCCGCUGCGCUUGCCGCUCUUCUGGGUCAUGGACAAAUGAGCAACACCAAGGGUCCGGAUCCAAACCAGGGUGACGAGCCGAUGAAUCUCGGCCGCGUAUUCGAACUGACGGACGAAGAACGACAGAAGCUGGUGGAGAAUGCUUACGAGAAGCUGAAGGCUGCCUUCGGUACAUUCAAGAAUCCGGACGGCAAACAGGGCUCACCGGCAAAGACGUGUCGCGAUCUGUUUGUGGCCCAUCCCGAGUUCUCCUCCGGUCACUAUUGGAUCGAUCCGAAUGAAGGAGAUGCACGAGAUUCCAUCUUGGUGUACUGCGACGCCCAGAAGAAGGCCUCGUGCGUGCUCCCGCAGCCACUCCGCACCAAAGAGAUCGCUUACGAUGGUGACGAGCAAGAGGUGUGGCUCGGUGAGCUGAAGGAAGGCAUGAAGAUCACCUACAAAUCGGACAGCAAUCAGAUCGGCUUCCUACAGCUCCUAUCCGCCAGUGCCUCGCAGAACAUCACCUACCACUGCCGGAACAGCGUGGCGUUCUACAACAAGGAGAAGAACAGCUACCGACAGAGCUUGAAGCUGUUGGCCUGGAACGAUGCUGAGCUGACGGCUCGUGGACCACAACGAUUACGGUACGAGGCUCUGCAGGACGAUUGUCAGCACCGAGCCGCCCACUACGGCCAAUCCGUACUGAGUUACAGCACCGAUAAGCCAACGCGACUGCCAAUCAUCGACAUCGCCAUACGUGACAUUGGAGAAGCCGAUCAGCAGUUCUGGAUCGAGAUCGGUGCAGUCUGCUUCCAGUGAUGGGAAGCGUGCUGAUAAGCAAAUUGCAACAACAAACGACGGAUCGGAGGUGAUGAUCCUUCCCGAGAACAACCACUUAUGUGACGCUGAACGAGAUGGGCCUUCAGCCAAGACUAAGAAAAGUGUAGAUUCCUCUUCGUGCUGUUCAUUCUUUGCCACUAAGUAGAAGAUCAACUUCCGGUGCAAGUGGAGUCUGAUCGGUAAGCAAUGCGCUCGUGUGUGUAUGU